AUGUCAUCAAUCGUUUCCUUACGGCAUUCUUUGACCAGACGCAGCGUUACCCUUCCGCCGGGCAUUGUCGACAUCCACCUUAUCUGGGUGGUCAAAAGCGUUCAGCACUCAGCCUGGUUCAAGAAGGAACUUCAAGCCCUCCAUGACGUGACAUCACAGCCAGGGUCGACGGUCAGGCUGUCCAUCUCGCCGCAUCACACAGAAACCGGUAGCACAGAAGCCACGAGCCAACAAGAGGAAACAAGCCGUGCAGAAAACACCGAGUCCAUGCCUACAUGGUGGACCAUCUCACUAGGCCGGCCAGAUCUUGAUAGUGUCUUUCAGGGACUCGAGGAGCAGCGUGCUGGAUGUGAUGUCGGCGUCAGCUUGUGCGGGCCCAACGAAAUGGUCAGACGAGCGAGGAAUGCAGCCGUAGGUGCUCGACGACUGGCUUAUUCCAUAUUGAAGGCGAAGUAUUCGAGCGACGAGCACGCCAGCCGUGUAUCACCCUAUUUGAACGCAACUCCGCAGGACGAUGCCACGUUCAGCCUUGCCGGGGUUUGGGCCGUCGUCACCUCAACCCAGUCGGAGCCUGCUCGAUUGGGCGCGAGACGUGGUGCAAUUUUCCAGGGGAAUCGGCCUCGAAAGAUUCGCCGUCAUGGUUUUGCAGAGGAGAUGGGUUCAGCGGGUGCUUGA